AUGGCCUCUGAAGACUCAGAAAAGUCGCCCGUCGAUCAGAAGAUCGCGCUGGACAAGGAGAUUCCGACUUCGUCUGGCACAUCUCGAGACCUCGACCAGGCAUAUCGCUUCCUCCAGCAGUAUGGGGAGUCCGGGGAGGGUGAGCAGGCCAGCGCUGCUGAGCUGAAGCGCAUCCGCUGGAAGGUCGACCUCUAUAUCAUCCCCAUCAUGUUUGUUUGCUACACCAUGCAGUUCAUCGACAAGGUCUCCCUCAAUUAUGCGGCUGUUAUGGGCCUCACCAAGGACCUCCAUCUCAAGGGCAACAACUUCUCCAACGCGGCCACAGCAUUCUUCAUCGCCUACCUUAUCGCCGAAGUCCCAACCGGAUACAUACUGAACAAGAUAUCCGCCCCCAAGUGGCUGGCACUUAACGUCACGCUCUGGGGCAUAGCAACCGCCUGCACUGCUGCUGCGCGCGACUACAAGACUCUGCUCGCGGCUCGCAUCUUCCUGGGCAUCUUUGAGGCUGCCAUUGCGCCCUGCCUGGUGCUCAUUAGCAGCCAGUGGUACACCAAGUCCGAGCAGGCGCCCCGGUUCUGCAUCUGGUACUCUGGCCUGGGCCUGGGACAGAUCAUCGGCGGCCUCGUCUCGUUUGGCUUCCAGCAUGUCAAGAACCCCGAGUUCACCGGCUGGAAGGCCAUGUUCGUCGUCCUGGGCGCCGUCACUUGCAUUGCCGGCAUUGCGACGUACUUUAUCAUCCCAGACAGCCCCAUGAAGGCGCGCUUUUUGACUGACAGGGAGAAGGCGGCCCUGCUCAAGCAUGUCUCCUUCAACCAGACCGGAGUCAUCAACACCAGCUUCAAGAUGUCCCAUAUUGUUGAGGCCCUGCUCGACGUCCAGAUCUGGUUCAUGACCGUCAUCACUACUCUGAUCUCCGUGUCCAGCGGCGUGGUGACGACCUACUCUGCCACCCUGAUCAAGAACUUCGGCUACUCUGCCCCCAGAUCUGCCCUGCUCAACAUGCCCGGCGGUGUUGUCUCCAUCUUCAGCACCGUCAUCAUCGGUUUCGCAAUCCGCUAUAAGAUGUACCGCUCCGUUGGCAUCGUAGCCUGCUGCAUCCCCGGUAUCCUCGGCGGUGCCCUGCUUUCCUUUGCUCCAGAGACCAACCAGGGCGCCCUGUUGGCCGGCAUCUACCUCGUCAACUCCAUCGUUCCAACCCUCAUCGUCAUCUACCAGUGGCUGGCCUCCAACGUCGCUGGCAGCACCAAGCGUUCCGUCAGCGCGGCCCUGGUCACCGCGAGUUUCAGCAUCGGGAACAUCAUCGGGCCCCAAACCUUCCAGGUAAAGGAUGCCCCCCGCUACAUCCCAGCUAAGAUCGCCGUCCUGGCGACCCAGGCCGCGGGAGCCGUGCUCGCGCUCUGCCUUCUGGGCUACUACAUUUGGGAGAACAAGCGCAGGGACCGGGUUGCGGCGCAGAACUCCCAGGCCCUGCCUGUCUCUGAGGAUAACACUCUGUCUCAGUCCACCUCCGUCGAGCAGAAGAAAUGGGACAACCAGACCGACAAGGAGAACCUGACCUUUAGAUACGUCUACUAA